GAGAAAAUUAAUUUGCAUUUCAUUGUUUUUAUUGUUGGUCCAUUUAUUCCCUACCUUAUAAACUAAAUUCAUUCCUAAAACUUAAAUUAUCAUGGCUGACGACGAGCCAGAAUCGAAAGAAUAUCGGUGGGAAACAGGAUAUGAAAAAACUUGGGAAGCCAUCAAAGAGGAUGAAGAUGGCCUGGUGGAAAGUCUGGUGGCGGAGUUUGCGCAGAAAGCGGCGCGAAAGGCUGCGGCGCCUCGUCGUGGACCUGUGAGACUAGGCAUGAUGAGACAUCUACUUGUAGCCAUAGAUUGCUCGGAUGCUAUGAAUUCGCAAGACUUGAAACCGUCCAGGUUUCUCUGUACUCUGAAGCUACUAGAGAAGUUCGUAGAAGAAUUCUUUGAUCAAAACCCUCUGAGUCAGCUGGGUUUGAUAUCCAUGAAAAAUAAGCGAUCAGAGAAGAUAACUGAGCUCUCUGGUAACGUGAGGAAACAUCUCAAAGCAGUGCAGGGAUUAACUGACUUGGCGUUGAAUGGGGAACCGUCGUUGCAAAACACACUUGAAUUCGCAGGGCGAGUGUUACGUCCUUUGCCGGGGCACGCUUCUAGGGAAGUACUUGUGCUCUUUGCGUCACUCACCACUUGCGAUCCUACCGAUAUUAAUACAACUAUACAGACAUUAAAGACAGAUGGCAUAAGAUGUUCAGUAAUUGGACUGGCAGCUGAAGUGAGGAUAUGCAAGAAAUUGUGUCAGGAUACUGGAGGGGAAUAUGGGGUGGUCUUAGACGACGUUCACUACCGCUCCUUAUUACUGGACCACACGUCGCCACCGCCGCGUGCACGCGCUCUCGACGCAGGUCUCGUUAAGAUGGGCUUUCCCCACACUGCGCCGCCCGAUAAUGCGACCGAUCCUAGCAGCAAUGCGGAACCCCCUAUCGCUGUUUGCAUGUGCCACUUAGAAGAGGGUGAGGGUGUAGGCGGCGAAGGAGAGGGUCAUUUAUGCCCGCAGUGCCGCAGCAAAUACUGUUCUCUGCCCGCGCAGUGCCGCACCUGUGGUCUCACACUGGCUUCAGCACCGCAUCUCGCUCGAUCGUACCAUCACUUAUUUCCCGUGGAGCCGUAUGAAGAGUUGAAUAACGAAGGGCAAGCACAAUAUUGCUUUGGUUGUUUGAGAUCUUUCACAGAUGUUGAUAAACAGAUAUACCGGUGCACGCGCUGUAAAGAACACUACUGCUGGGAAUGUGAAAGCGUGGUUUCUGCUACUUUACAUGUGUGCCCCGGCUGCGCCUCGCGGCCGCACCUCUAUCAAAGACUGCCUGACACCACUUCGUGACUAAAGUGGCCCGUAGGCGAAACAUGUUUAACUGAAUGUUAAUGUUAUUUGGCCGGGUAGCCUUCAACGUUGGGUUAUUGGCUUUAGAUGUGAAGGAUGACGUCAUUACGAAGCCUUAAAGACCAGAAAAGUGUUCAAACACUCUCCGAAACAUCUGACGUCUCAUAUACUGGGUAUCCGAAGUCGAAGUCUGAGGGCUUAAUAACGCGAGUUUUGUAUUU